AUGGAGUGGCGAGAACCAAACGGCCAGCUGCCGAGACGCUUCCUGGCCCCCGCCAGCACCAGCGGUUCAGUGUCGUCCCGAGGAGAGGUUGGCCACCGUUCAGCAGAUGUUGGAACCUUCGACGGCGAACGACGUCUCUCCUUCGAGACACCCUGCCGGCUUCCGAUCAUGUCGGGUGGCCAUCUCCAGGUGGUGGCCUUCAAGGCUGAAAACCCCGAGAAUGAGACGGCCUCCGUUCGCACACAUUUUUUCGUCGGCGGAGGGUACGUCGACGACGGACGCGGCCGGCAUCUUUUGCGGGGUCAGAUGUAUGUCGAGAAGCUCCUCCCCGUUCGGGGUGUUACGCAGAAGACGCCAGUGGUGCUCAUCCAUGGCAAGGGCAUGACGGGAACGAACUUCCUCGACAAGCCCGAUGGUGGCCGCGGAUGGGCCUCCGAUUUCGUCUCCCGCGGUUACGAGGUGUACAUGGUCGAUCAAGUCUUCCGGGGCCGUUCAGCCUGGCAGCCCGGCGGUUCUGGCUCGGCCCUGCCGGUGGCCUUCCCCGCCGAGCUCGUCCAGGACCGCUUCACGGCCACAGGCAUACGUAAGCUAUGGCCGCAGGCAGGCAAGCAUACCCAAUGGCCGGGCACCGGUCUCAUGGGCGACCCCGUCUUUGACCAAUUCUACGCCUCUCACGUGCAGUACUUGGAAAGUCCGGCAUACACCGAGGCGGCCAUGAAGGAGGCCGGGGCAGCGCUGCUCGACGCCAUCGCGAAACCAGCCCUUCUCCUCGGUCACAGCCAGGCAGGUCAGAUUGCCCUGCUCCUGGCCGAUGCUCGCCCAAAUCUGGUCAAGGGCUUGAUUCUAGUCGAACCCGCCGGGCCUCCAUUUCGGGACGUUAUUUUCAGCACCUUGCCGGCCCGCGCUUACGGCCUCACCGAUGCGCCCCUGACGUACCACCCUCCCGUCAAUGACCCGACGACAGACUUGGUGCGGGAAACGUGGCCCGCUCCAGACGAGGAACAUGUCGACUGCGUCAUUCAGGCCGAAAGACCGGCUCCGCGAAUCCUCAGCCGUCUGGCCGACAAGCCCAUACUGGUAGUCACCUCGGAGUCCGGAUACCAUUCCCAGUACGAUUAUUGCACUGUGAGGUAUCUACUGCAGGCUGGGUGUUCCAAGACGGAGCAUCUGGAGCUUGGCUCCGUUGGCAUCCACGGCAACGGACACAUGAUGUUUAUGGAGAAGAAUAGCCACGAGAUCUUCAACCUCUUGGAGAGGUGGAUCGAGAAGAUGUGA